AUGCACAACGCCGGCCAGGCCGGCCUCACGUACUGGGCGCCCAACAUCAACAUCUUCCGAGACCCGAGGUGGGGCCGCGGCCAAGAGACGUCCGGGGAGGACCCCGCUGUCGCCUCCGCGUACUCCCUCGAGUAUGUCAAGGGCUUCCAGGGGGAGCAAGGGGAGGAAGGCAGAAUCAGGCUCUCUGCGUGCUGCAAGCACUAUACAGCGUAUGACAUGGAGAAAUGGGAAGGCUUCUCGAGGUACACCUUCAAUGCCAAGGUAAAUGCACAAGAUUUGGAAGACACGUACCAGCCGCCUUUCAAGACCUGCAUCCAGGAGGCUCGUGCUACCUGCUUGAUGUGUUCAUAUAACCAGGUCAAUGGCGUGCCUAUGUGUGCUAACAAAGAUCUUCUACAGAAGACCAGGGAUGAAUGGGGCUUCCAGGGGUAUAUUACAUCUGAUUGUGAUGCUGUGGCAAUUAUUCACGAAAACCAGACAUACACUAAAUCAGACGAAGAUUCAAUAGCAAUUGUUCUUAAGGCAGGAAUGGAUAUCAACUGUGGUUCUUUCCUAGUUCGGCAUACUAAGUCAGCAGUUGAGAAGGGAAAGGUUCAAGAACAAGAUAUUGACCGUGCCCUUUUUAAUCUAUUCUCUGUUCAAUUGCGUCUUGGAAUAUUUGAUAAGCCCAACAACAACCAAUGGUUCACUCAACUAGGGCCCAACAAUGUGUGCACGAAAGAGCAUAGAGAGCUUGCAGCAGAAGCUGUAAGGCAGGGUGCUGUCCUUUUGAAGAAUGACCAUAGUUUUUUGCCUCUGAAGAGAAGCGAAGUUAGACAUGUUGCCAUCAUUGGACCAUCUGCAAAUGAUGUGUAUGCGAUGGGUGGAGACUAUACAGGUGUAGCCUGCAAUCCGACGACCUUCCUUAAGGGCAUUCAAGCCUAUGCUACACAGACAACGUUUGCCACUGGAUGCAAGGAUGUUUCCUGUAACUCGACAGAAUUGUUUCGCGAAGCUAUUGAAGCAGCUAAAAGAGCUGAUAUUGUUGUUGUAGUUGCUGGCUUGAACCUGACAGAAGAGCGUGAAGACUUCGAUAGAGUGAGCCUUCUCCUUCCAGGCAAGCAGAUGAGCCUCAUACAUACCAUUGCUAGUGUAGCGAAGAAGCCCCUUGUGUUGGUUCUCUUGGGUGGUGGUCCUGUUGAUGUUUCAUUUGCAAAGCAAGAUCCACGAAUCGCAAGCAUUCUUUGGCUCGGAUAUCCUGGUGAGGUUGGUGGCCAAGUCCUUCCAGAAAUUCUUUUUGGAGAGUACAACCCAGGAGGAAAGCUGCCUAUAACUUGGUAUCCCGAAUCCUUUACUGCUAUUCCGAUGACUGAUAUGAACAUGAGAGCUGACCCUUCACGUGGUUACCCUGGGAGAACAUAUCGUUUUUACACUGGAGAUGUAGUGUAUGGUUUUGGAUAUGGUUUAAGUUACUCCAAAUAUUCAUAUAGCAUCUUGUCAGCUCCAAAGAAGAUCACCGUGUCGCGUUCAUCAGUUUUGGACAUUAUUAGUAGAAAGCCUGCAUACAUAAGGAGGGAUGGACUAGACUUCGUGAAAACUGAAGAUAUUGCGUCGUGUGAAGCUCUGGCAUUCUCUGUUCACGUCGCUGUUUCAAAUCAUGGUAGCAUGGAUGGGAGUCAUGCUGUUCUUCUGUUUGCAAGAUCGAAAUCAAGCGUUCCAGGCUUUCCUAUAAAACAGCUGGUUGGCUUUGAACGUGUCCACACGGCGGCUGGCAGUGCAUCCAAUGUGGAGAUUACCGUGGACCCUUGCAAGCAUAUGAGCGCAGCCAAUCCUGAAGGCAAAAGGGUACUGUUAUUGGGUGCCCAUGUUCUAACGGUGGGUGAUGAAGAGUUCGAAUUGUUCAUUGAACUCUGA